AUGGCGGAAGACGAUGCGAAAUUUGACGUUGCUGUUGUAGGCGGCGGGGUUGUGGGCUGUGCUGUUCUUCGCGAGCUUUCAUCUUUAGGGCUCCACUGUGUGCUUUGCGAAAAGGAGGAAAAUCUUGUUUGUGGAGCGAGUUCAGGAAACAGUGGUACGCUUCACACAGGCUUUGAUGCACCCCUCGAUAGCCUAGAGCUUCGUUGCCUUCAACGGGCGCGAUCGUUGAACGAGAACUUUUUCAUGGAGUAUAACAUUCCUUACAGGCGAUCUGGAGGUUUCAUUGUUGCUUGGAGCGAAAGUGAUCUCAAAGAAUUACCCCAGUUAGUUGAAAAAGCUCACAAAACAGGAGUAACCGAUGCAAGACAACUGAUAGCGAGCGAGUUGCUUCAGAGAGAGCCUAAUUUGAGCUCCAAGGCGCUAGGUGCUGUGUUUGUGCCCGGAGAAAGUCUAGUGGAUCCUUGGAAAAUUCCUAUAACAUUAGCUAAUUUAGCACUAGCUCAAGGUGCCAUGAUACUUACAAGCUGUCAUGUGACUGGUGGCAAAAUGCAAGGGAAUGAUUGGCAUCUGUCAACAUCUAAAGGACCAAUCACAGCCAAAAUUGUAGUCAACUGUGCUGGGUUAUAUGGAGAUGACUUAGAAUCAAUACAUGGAAAAAGUCCCUUUACAAUAAAACCUCGGAAAGGGCAGUAUGCGGUGUUUGACAAAUCUGCUGGACAUCUACUGAAUUCAAUUAUCUUUCCUGUUCCUACACCAAAAACAAAGGGUAUUCUUGUGUUUCCAACUAUCUAUGGUAACGUUGUGGUUGGUCCUACAGCCGAGGACCAGUUGGAUCGCACAAAUGCUGAAAUUGAUGACACAGUGAUUGAAAGCUUGGUUAAUUUUGCCCAUACGGUGGUGCCCUCUCUCAGGGACCAUGCUGUAAUAGGUACAUAUGCAGGACUACGCCCAGCCACAGAGUUCAAAGAUUAUUGCAUAGACUGUGACUCAGAGAAGGGAUGGGUUACAGUGGGUGGAAUUCGCUCUACAGGACUUUCUUCUUGUCUUGGGAUUGCAAAACACGUGGCGUCAUUUUUACCUUCCCUUGGAUUUCAAACUAGUGAUACCACACUGACACCAGGUAUGCUGGUGACAGCUGCUGAUCACAACUGGACAGUGACACACCCUAUUACAAAGUUUGGCAUUUUAGGUAAAGACAGCUUUUCAAAGAAGGGUCCCUUGAAAUAA